AUGAUUGAAAAAAUAAUUUCCGAUAUAGCAAUAGGAAUUCCUCCAGUAAUUAAUUCAGUAUCAAAUACUAGAAGAAAGAAAGAAAGUCAUUCUGGUACAAGAAAGUUCGUUAUAUUCGUAAGAAUACUUGAUAUAUGUCAUGAACUGCUUAUUCAAGGUGUCACUGCUACCAAGCGUGAUAUUUAUUAUAAAGAUGUUCAAUUAUUUGGAAGUCAACACACGGUGGAUCAGGCAGUAGAAGAAUUGGCAUGUCUGUUUCGUGUUCCAAGAGCUUGUUUAAAUGUGACUGUAUCGGCAAAAGGAUUAGUCGCCGGUAAUUUAAAAAUAUAUCAAAAAGAUAAAUCGUUAUUGGAUUGCAAAGCAAAUAGUAGUAUGGCUACAUUUCAAUAUUUGCUUUCUAGUGGAAUUUUCGAACGUUUUGGACCUUGUGUUCUAAUCACUGGUAAAGGAUAUCCAGAUAUCGCUACUCGUCAAUUAGUAAAACAAUUGAGUGAAUAUCGAAAACAACGUGAAUCUAAAGAAUGUGAAUCUAAAGAAUAUGAAAAUUCAAGAAUAGGAAUACCUAUUCUUGGAUUUUUUGAUAAUGAUCCAUAUGGUAAAUAA